AUGACUACUAGAUUAUUACCUGCUAUAUUAUAUGAUGUGUUGGAUAAUUUAAAAAAUGAUUAUAAACAACGAUCAUCUAUAGAAGAAUUAUUAUUGAGCUUAAACUCAAUUUUUGGACCAGUAUUAACUGAACGUGCUCUAGAACUAAUUGAUGAUGAAAGUGUGUUUUUAAUUCAAAGUCAAGAACGUUACAUAUUUCAAGUAGUUGGUUCGAGAGGUGAUAUUUAUACAAUUAUGGAAGUAUCUAAUUUUUGUACAUGUGAUUUUUUCAAACAUCAAGUAUUGAAAGAUCGAGCAUUAUGUUGUAAACACUUUUUAGCUGCUAAAGUAGCAUUCAUUUUAGGAAAUUUUAAAACAAAAAGUGAAACUCCUGGAAGUGUAACUUCAAUUUUGCUUUGUGCUUACGGUAAUCAAGAAAUUAAAUAA